AUGUUUGACCCGUUGGAUCGUAGUCAUGUUCAGGUUGCGGCCCGGAUAGAAGCAGUAUCUCCGAGGCUUGCCAGUUUGCAGAUCAGGAACAGAGGAAAGAAUUACGUGUGGCUUGAUUCCUUAAUAAGGGGCAUUUUGGUCAUUUGUGACCCACACCCACCAGGUGUCAGUUAUAAACAGAGUUGGGCCCGGAUUCCAAAGUGGAAUUUGGGUCAGGCGGUGAAAAAUUGCAAACGCUUCAGAAUUAAUCCCACGGGUCCCGCUGUUAUGUUAAACGAGACGCCACUUCAUGAUUCAACGACAUCGGAUUCACCUCUCGAUUCCCCUAUGAGUCAAGACUCACCAAUCGAAAAGGAGCUGAGACCCAUUGGCCGAAAGGCUGCGAAGGCAAAGAAAUGGGGUAAUUCGAGCAGUAAUACAUCAAAAAUUUUGGAGGAAAUUGCAAGGCAGAGUGCCAUAAUAAUUGAAAUGGAGCAGAAACGCCAAGAGAACGAAAUGGCAAUUCGAGCAGAACAUGCAAAAGAAAGGGAGUAUUUGCGCAAAAAAGAGAUGGACAAAACGGAUCGGGAAACCAUGGCGAUGGAUACAAGCCACAUGUCCCCUGAAACAAAACAAUUUUGGAAGUUAGAACGAAGGGAUGUUAUGAGAAGAAGACUUUUCCGUGACGAUGGACCUAGCAACACGAAUUGGUUAAAUGAUCAAAACCAUUAA